GGCAUUUUUGAGCUCCACGUCGAGAUGGACGGACGCCGCUCUGAACUCGGCGCCGAAACGAGCCUCCGUAUAUCCAGACAUACUGCCUGCUCAUUUUCCUGAUACUGAUCAAGGAAUAUCCGCCACAGCCAUCCUCACGACACGAACAAAGUCAUGACCGUCGGCCAUGACCUAAUGCUCUCAUCGACCUGUUGGUCCUGUUGUACUUUGCCAUGAGCAACUGAUCACUCAACAUGCCUCCCUCUCAGCUGGAGAUCACCAAGUAUGUGGACAGUCUAGACUUGUCGGCCUCUAUCGGAGCCGUAGUGGGAGGGACGAACGGCAUCGGCGCGGGGGUGGCUCGUAAACUGGCAAGCUUGGGCUGUCGAGUGAUCGUUCUCGGUCGGGAUGAGUCUAGUGCGGAGAGAUUGGGCAGGGAGAUCAAGGUGCUGAAGCCGCGGGGCGAUGUUGGCCAUAUUGAGUUCAUCCAGUGUGACCUCAGAACAGUUGAGGGGAUGAAUUGCGCUGUUAGAGAUCUGCGAGCAGUCAUAGGCAAGACUCGGCUCGACUGUCUGUUCCUGUCGCAACAGGGGAUGCCAACGGGCAAGAUUGAGUUGACGUCUGACGGAAUCGACUCGAUCUUUGCGGUGCAGACGUUGUCCCGAUUCUUCUUGAUCCGACAAGUCAUUUCUGAGGCUCUGGUGAAGCCGUCGGGAAGUAUCGUCUCAAUCUCAAACUCUGGCGAGAGAUUUGAUCUGUCUCUAGACGAUUUGUCCAUGAUCAAGCGACAGUCGCAAGGCAGAGGCAAGCUCAGUCUGUUCGUAGAUCAAGCGAAGAGGGACCCCACCAUCAUCGACUCGAUGAUCAUGGAGUUCAGGGACCGUUAUCCUGAAUAUGGCUUCUACAACCUGAUGCCGGGGAUGGUUUAUCAUCCGACCUUUCAGUAUCAUGCUAUUCCUAUUCCCAUACGGUGGAUUCAUCGAAUGCUCAUGUGGAUGAUCGGGAUUAGUGCGGACCAAUUCGCCCCCUGCCCAAUAUAUGUGGCAUUGGGUGAUACCACACGGCGAUCUGAUCUGCCGACAACCAUGAACAAGCGACUGAACGCCACCACACUCGGUCCGUGGUCCAUGGAUCCAAGGCUAAGACUACAACUCUGGGAUGCACUGGAUAGACAUUGCUCCCGUCUCGGUCAAGCAGAUUGAAGUGCACGUCGUAUCAUCAUCCCGCUGCAGGUUUCAGAGUCUAU